AUGAGGUCGUCGCUACUAAUUACACUGACCUGGAUGUAUUGCUUCACGGCCAAUGUGUUUGGAUUCUCACUGCUUCCCACCGCACAAGCCUUUCAUCGGUCCAAUUCGCAACUCCAAGAUGCGGCACAAGAAGAUUCUUCAGCACCUCAAGGUAAUCCCGACCGACCAAAGAAUAUGGUAGACACCAAUACUUUCGUUGCCGCUGUCCAGGCGUUGAAAGGAGAAACUGCUGAACCCGAAAAAGAGGGAGGCAAGGAGGACGAGGCUCCAUAUGCCAUUGGCAAAUUGAAAUUGCCCUUGUCGUUGGCUGGAACUCCCGGUUUGGAUUUGGCCGAGGCACCAGGUCUUGUUAUUGUUAGCAGUGUUACUGGAAACGCUCUGGAAGCAGGAUUCCAGGCCGGGGAUACCAUUGUCAGCAUUUCAUCGAAGGCUGCCGAACCCAACUAUUAUGAAGAAACCAAUGGUUUGAAUUUGGAGGAAACUGCCAGCAUUCUCAUGUCGGCGGCCAACCAUGCCAUAGAAAAUGGAGCCACUGAAGUUGAAAUUGAAAUCAAUCGUCUAGUUAAAUUGGCAUAUGCUGACUAA